AUGGGUCAAGGCCAUGUUAUCAUCGUCGGAGCUGGCGUUCUCGGUCUCAGCGCUGCAGUCAAAAUAUCCAAACACAUGAGAGUCACCGUCAUCGCGAGAGAGUUACCCGGAGACGUUGGCAUUGACUACGCCUCCCCAUGGGCAGGGGCACACUUCCGCCCCACCCCCGCAAAAACAGACGAGGAACGAAUAGAACAGACCUACAUGCGACAAACCUACCAAGAAUUCGAGGAGAUCGCGAGAAAUUACCCGGAAGCAGGCGUGGAUUUUAUUCCUGCUGUUGAAUAUUUUGAUACUGCUGACGCAGCCUCGUUCCUGGCAGAAGAAAAUGGCUACACCACAUGGCCCGACUUUCGUAUUCUCGACCCUACGGAAUACCCCUCUCAAUAUCCAUCAAUCCAACUAGGCGUUACCUACCGGAGCUGGGUCCUGAACUCGCCGGUUUAUUUGAGGUGGUUACAGACGCGGGCAGAGGUGCAGGGGGCUCGCUUCAUUCGAGCGAACUUGACAGAGCUGGGACAGGCUGUGUCUGUCUACCUGGAGAAUAAGUCCCGGGACGACAGCGAUAAUAUUUCGGCUGUUAUCGAUGCAAGUGGAAGGGGGUUUGAUGAUCCCGACUCUUUCCCCUCGCGGGGCCAGUUCAUCAUCGUCUCGAAUCACUGUGGUAAAACUAUCAGUCAUCAUUGGAGUGAUGGUUCCUCUACCGUCAUCAUACCCCGGCCUCUCGGUGGUGGGACUGUUAUAGGAGGCACGAAAGAGCCUAAUAACUGGUCUGAGGAUAUCGACGAUGCUUCAACUGAGGACAUUCUCAAGAGGGUGAGAGAUCUAUGCCCUGAAAUGGUCGACGAGCAGGCGGAUAAAUUGGCUUCGACAAAUGGGUUUGAUUUGAAACAAGUAUACGUCGCUCGGCGUCCCAUGAGACGUGGUGGACUCAGGUUUGUCUCGGAGCCAUUGGCGAUCCCUACUGGAGGCCUGUUUUCCUGGUCUCUUGUUACGGUGCUGACGCAAGUGGGGGUCAUUGCAACUGUCGUCAUAGUCACCCACUAA